AUGGCUGCGAAGGCUGUGGACUCCGAUCUUGACUUAGCAUUCAAUAUUCAACUCCAAGAAGCCAUCAAUGCCUCUAUUUUUCUAAACCAGAACCAACCCUCUUCAUCCACUUCCUCGGACUCUCCUCCCCAACCCCAGUUGAAUUCCCAACUGUUAGUCGACGACUUCUCGAAUUUCACUGACCUCCAGUCUGAUGAACUCCUAAAACUCGAGCAGGAAUUUAAAGACCAUAUAAUCUCCGAAACGGAAUUUAGAAAAUUGAAGAAUGAUCUCCACCGCAUGAUCCAUGACCAUCGUGUGGCUUUUGAAAUCUCAAGAAUGCCAGAGGACGAGUGGGAGGAAUGGGGGGACAAUUUUGAGCAGCCUUUUGGUGAAGGCACUUCCAAAGGUGUGAAUAACGAGAUUUUUAGUAUUUAUUUUAAGGGCUUACUGGAGGACUUGCCGAGCGGCACUGUUCUGGGCGGGAUUGGUGUAGCAAUAUGUGAUUCUAGGGACAACUUAUUGUUCGAAUUACGAAAGCCAUUGGUUGGAAAUGGGAAGAACAGGCGGUGCGCCGAAAUUAGGGCUUUGAUCGAGGGUCUUAAUGCGGCACUGGAGCUAGAUUUGAAGAGGGUCGUUCUUAAUUGCGACUACUUUCCAGUUUUCCAAUUUGUUACAGGCAAAUGGCUAGCAAAACAGCCGAAGGUUUAUGCUCUAGUGAAUCAAGUUUCUCACCUUCGCGAAAAAUUUACAUACUGCCAGCCAUCUCUUGUUGCUCGAAAUGACGUUAAGUUUGCAUUUAAGUUCGCAAGAGAAGCAAUAGUUUCUCAGAUGAACAAGCCUGCUGAAUCUAAUGGUUCUAGGAAUUCACAGGAGAGUUGUGUAAUUUGUUUAGAGGACACAAAUAUUGAUGGGAUCUUCUCAAUCGAUGAUUGUAUGCACCGUUAUUGCUUUUCUUGCAUGAAACAACAUGUAGAAGUGAAGUUACUCCAUGGGAUGCUGCCUAAAUGCCCGCAUGAAGGCUGCAAUACUGAACUGAAAAUUGAUACAUGUAGCAAGUUUUUGACACCUCGAUUGACUGAAAUUUGGAAUCAACGCAUUAUGGAGGCUUCAAUUCCCGUUACAGAGAAAAUCUAUUGCCCUUACCCUAAAUGUUCAGCUUUGAUGUCAAAAAGGGAGGCUUUAGAAAAUUCAAAAUUUGCCAUUGUUGUAGCAGAUAUGCAUAGGCGCAGAAAGUGCAUAAAGUGCAAUGGUCACUUCUGCAUUAGUUGUAAAGUACCAUGGCACGAUAACAUGACUUGCUAUGAUUACAAGAGGAGAAAUCCUUAUCCCCAGCAAGAAGAGGCAAAGUUGAAGAAAUUGGCAAUAACAAAUCUGUGGCGUCAAUGUAUUAAAUGCAACCACAUGAUUGAACUUGCAGCAGGGUGCUACCAUAUGACGUGCAGAUGUGGCCAUGAAUUUUGCUAUACUUGUGGAGCUGAGUGGAAAAACAAGGCAGCUACUUGUGCCUGUCCACUUUGGGAUGAGGAGCAUAUUUUAGAUGACGAAGACGAGGACGAGGACGAGGACGAGGAUGAUUAUGGAUACUUAGAUUCAUCAUCAGAAGAAGAUUUAUUUUGA